AUGCGUGGUAUAAAAAACCUAAAGCUGCGUUAAUGCUGCGCAUGUAUGAUUCAUUUGAAGCUACCUGUCAAGUCCGAACUUUAUAGAACUACAUUACCCAUCAUCCCCGCGGUGAUGAUCCCCGCGUCACUGAAUCAACAUGGCGGCGGCUAGGGCACUCGUAAGAGGUGUCCGAUUGGGUUCAUAUAGCAUCGGUAGAAGUCGCAGUUUAAUAUUUAACAGUGUACAGAGACGAGGAAUAGCAGCGUGCAUUGAUCCUUCUAUAGGACUCACAGAUGAACAAAAAGAGUUUCAAAAGGUGGCAUUUGACUUUGCUGCCAAUGAGAUGGCACCACAUAUGGCAGAAUGGGACCAGAAGGAAAUUUUCCCUGUGGAGACCAUGAGGAAAGCCGCCCAGCUGGGCUUUGGUGGGAUUUACGUGAACCCUGAUGUUGGGGGGUCGGGACUCUCUCGUCUGGACACCUCUAUCAUAUUUGAGGCUUUAUCCACAGGCUGUGUCAGUACUACUGCAUACAUCAGUAUUCACAACAUGUGUGCCUGGAUGAUAGACACAUUUGGAAACAAUGAGCAGAGGGAGAAAUUCUGCCCUGAUCUCUGCUCUAUGCAGAAGUUUGCCUCAUACUGUCUCACAGAACCUGGUAGUGGGAGUGAUGCCGCUUCACUUUUAACAAGUGCAAAACUCCAAGGAGAUCAUUAUAUCCUGAAUGGCUCCAAGGCGUUCAUCAGUGGAGGUGGAGACACAGAUGUUUAUGUGGUGAUGUGCAGGACAGGUGGGAAGGGACCUAAGGGCAUCUCCUGUCUGGUGGUUGAAAAAGGAACCCCUGGACUCAACUUUGGCAAAAAAGAGAAGAAGGUAGGUUGGAACUCGCAGCCAACCCGAGCCGUGAUAUUUGAGGACUGCGCUGUCCCAGUAACCAAUCAGCUUGGAGCAGAGGGUCAGGGCUUCAACAUUGCCAUGAAAGGCCUUAAUGGAGGCAGAAUUAAUAUUGCUUCUUGUUCCCUUGGAGCAGCUCACGCAUCUGUGCUUCUGGCCCGAGAUCACAUGUGUGUGCGGAAACAGUUUGGAGAAACACUAUCAAACAGCCAGUUCCUGCAGUUUAAGCUGGCUGAGAUGGCCACUAAGCUGGUAGCUUCUCGGCUGCUGGUGCGUCAGGCGGCGGUUGCUCUGCAGGAGGGGCGACCGGAGGCGGUCUCGCUCUGCUCAAUGGCCAAACUCUUUGUGACAGAUGAAUGUUUUUCAAUAUGUAAUCAGGCCUUACAGAUACAUGGAGGUUAUGGUUACCUAAAGGACUAUGCAGUGCAGCAGUACGUCAGAGACAUUAGAGUACAUCAGAUAUUGGAGGGUACAAAUGAAGUGAUGAGGAUGAUCAUUGCGAGAAGUUUGCUCACCGAAUCAUGAUGCUCAUAAAUGGUCUCCUGUACGGGACGAAAUUGUGUCUUCAUUGUCUAAAAUGUUCAUCACAGAUAUAGGGUUAAGUGACCUGUUAUAUAUUUAUAUGUCCUACAUGUGACUGUAGAGAUAACUGGUCUUUCACACUCCAGCAUCUGUUGAUUUUGAUCUUGAGAUGUCAACAGUGUUUUAUGCAGAAAGUUUGUGCCUUAAACUUGUGAAUUAGAAAAUAUAGAUUGCAGUGUUUAUUAUAACAACACACUUAGGAAUUUGGUUUGUUUAGGGUCAAAAUACUGUCAGGUUACGAAAUGAUAUGUAAAGAGAAACACUGGCUAUAACAUUAAAAUGAAGCAUUUACAAAAGUUACUGAAACAAUUUAGUUGAAAUCAUAUAAUAAGGCUAACCCAUAUGUACAUAUAGACAUCAGAUUAAUUCAAUAUAAUAUUAAUUCGAUAAUAUCGUCAGAACUUACUUUUUAUCACAGACAGCUGUCUUUGUGAGAUUGUUUUCAAAGCACAGAAAAUCCAAUUAGUUCAAGUGUGGCUUUAUUAUUGUUUGUCUUCAUUACACAAUAUGUAUAAAUCUGACCCUCAUGUUGUUUUUAAAAUGAUUCUUGUGACUUAAGCUGUUGUGCACCCUGUAAUAUAUAUAUAAAAAAAGCUGUUUGGUGAAACUUUCCACAAAGACUUUUUGGGUUUCACCUGAAAAUCAGUUUUUCUACACUACACUACACUACAUUAAAAGUAUUUGAACAGUAAGCUGUUUAAUGUUUUGUUGUUUUUUUAAGAAUUAAUACUUUUAUUUAGCAAGGAUGCUUUAAAUUGAUCAGAAGUGAUGAUAAAGAAAUUUAUAAUGCUACAAAAUAUUUCUAUUUCAGAUAAAUGCUGUUCUUCUGAAAUUUCUAUUCAUCAAAGAAACCUGAAAAAUUCAACUUGGCUGUUUUCAACAGAAAAAUGAUAACUGUUUUUUGAGCAGCAAAUCAGAAUAUUAGAAUGACUGGAGUAAUGAUGCAAAAAAAAUCACCUUUGAAAUUACAGGAAUAAAUGACAUUUUUAGAUAUAUUCAAUUAGAAAGCAAAAUUAUAUCGUUUUUGCUGUACUUUGGAUCAAAUAAAUGCAGGCUUGUUGAGCGCAAGAGAU